AUGCGCCAAUCCGCCCUCAUUGCCGUCGUGGGCGUUGUCCUCGAGAUGGCCUCGGCUGCGCCCACCCCCGGCAUCCUCGGCGCCCUUCUGGGUUUUGGCGGCGGUGGUGGUAACAAGGCCGGAGCCGGACCGGCGGCGGCGGGGGGCCAGCAGCCCGACGCCAACACGGGCACGCAGGGCGGUACCAGCAGCGCAAAUGCGGCUCAGGGCGGUGCAACCGGCGGAAACCUGGCCGGCAACACGGGAGCGACCGGGGUCGGAAGCAACACUGCCGCCGGAGGUCUGCAGCAGCAGCCGCUGUCGGUGCAGGACAUUGCCAACGCGCGCGACCAGUGGCAGGAUGACACCAGGACCGUGUCCAACUUCCUGUCGACGGCCGAGUCCAUGGACCCGCAGACGAUGCAGCAGGCGGCGAGCACGGCGCUGGCCGCCGAAAAGGACGAGCUGACGCACAAGGCGGUGCUGGACCAGCAGUUCAACAACGGCGGUGCAAACUCGGACCCGGCCGUGAGCCAGGCCGACCAGGUGCUCGACAAGCAGGGCACAUUUCAGUUUGUCGUCAACGGCCUGCAGCGUCUCGCGGACACGGGCGCCUCCAUGUCACCCCAGCAGGUCUCGGCCGAGGUCGCGUCCAUGAACCAGGACCGCUGCCCCUUUGUCCUGCCGUCCAUCGACACGUACCUCAACGCGGCCUCGAACGCUGUGCGAGACGGCACGAAUGCAAAGGCUAUUCGGCCCAACAACUGCCCCGGCAACACGGCCCAGGCUACCGGUCCGGUUGGUGGUCCUGCGGCCGGGCCGCCUCUCAACACCCAGGGUGUAAACAACCAGGGAAGCAACCAGCAGGGAAGCAACCAGCAAGGAAGCAAUCAGCAGACAGGCACCCAGCAGGGAGGCAGCCAGACAGGCAACCAGCAGUCGGGCGACCAGCAGUCGGGCAGCCAGCAGUCGGGCAGCCAGACAGGCAGCCAGAUAAGCAAUCAGCAGUCAGGCAACCAGCAGUCAGGCAACCAGCAGUCAGGCAUCCAGACAGGCACCCAGCAGGGAAGCAACCAGGCAGACAGCCAGCAGUCAGGCAACCAGCAGGGAGGCAGCCGGACAGGCAGCCAGCAGUCAGGCAGCCAGACGGCCAGCCAGCAGUCAGGCGGCCAGCAGUCAGGCAGCCAGCAGUCAGGCACCCAGGAGGGAGGCACCCAGGAGGGAGGCACCCAGACGGGCAACCAGCAGACGGGCAACCAGCACGGGGGGAACCAGCAGGGGAGCAGCCAGCAGACGGGCAACCAGUCAGGCAUUCAGAGCGGUAACCUGGGCAGUGCCCAAACCGGAGCCCGAAAUGGCGGCGGUUCUCUUGCCGGUACGCAAGCUGGGACUCUGACUGGGACUCAGACCGGUAGUACCAAAGCCAAUGGUGCCAAGACCGACGGUGGCCAAGCCGACAGCUCUCAAUCCAAUACUCAGCCUGGUGCCAAAUCUGGUGGUGCUCAAGCUGAGACGCAAGCUGAGACUCAGGCUGGCACCGGAACCACUGGCGCCGAGGCCAGCGGUGGCCAGGCCGGUGGCCAAACCAAUGGCCAAGCCGGCGGCCGUGGGGGAAGCAACAACAAUGACGACGACGACGACAACUGA